GUAGGUACACAGGUACACACAGUCACAAUGCCCCAUCAGUUUCACCGUGUGUGAUACCAUGGCCUCCGCCACCGAUGAACGACACCUCACUACCGACGAAGACGACGUACGCAGGCGAGCGGAAGAGGCGGGAGCGGGAUCGCAUCAAUAAGAAGAGUGUCGUUAACGAAAGGAAGCGCGCGAACAGCUCUAACACCAAGCGUCAUGCCGUGCAAAAGGAGAGAAGAAUCGCCAGCUCGCCAAGGGCAGGCGUCGUUUGGCCGACAUUGCGCAUGAAGAAGACGCUGUGUCGCGUCUAUUUACAGGGUGUGAUCACCAGACGACAUGAAGCCCUCCAAGCUACGCGAGAAGAUAUGCGUAUCCCUGUUGAGAAUGCCGACCCUUGCUGUCAUGGUGGAGCGAAACUCUUCGCCAAAGAAUCCAAAGGGAUAUGCUGCAAAAACGGCAAGCGGGCUCCCAACGUCAUAUCCGAUUCCCUGGCUUUCACGUCCCCGGGAGCGCCCUCAUUCGAAAUCGUCGCCGUCGAUACACGCGCCAAGGGUGUUUUGCCGAAAGAUAGGACAGCGAUGGCUAGAACUGUCACUGGAGAGACAAACAAGAUUCCCGCGUGAGACAGGGACUACUUCCCUCUGACGUAUAUCUUGCUUUUCCCGGAGGGUGGAGUGUCUGGUUGGCACCGUGAUCAAAAGAGCACUACCGGGCACAAGAUUACUCUCUCACAGUAGCUGACGCAAUUAUUGGUCAGAGAACUUUUGCGACACUUGGACCAUCCGUCUUAUUUCGUCACCGCAACAUGCAACACCGUGCGUCAUGAGUGUAUUAACCAAACAGCAUGCGCCAUUUCCACGACGCCUGCGAUUUUUGCAUUAUUCGGACCGUUCAAUUGUACCUGCGUUAUUCCCUAUUGCUCGUAUGUGCUCAAAUACGUGCCGCAAUUUUUCCCUUGCUGUGAACGACUCUUUUAGUUUUCUUCACUGAAACUCAGUCAUGAUUCCACCCUAC